AUGGUUACAGGUCGUCAAGCCAAUCCUGCUGGCUUGGAGUCCCACCGAAGCACACCUGCUGCUUCGGAUCCGCACCAAACCAAGCGUGCUGCUUCGGAAAGGUCCUUCAGGCUGGGUGACUCCUGGUCCCUGCGGGGCCUGGAAGGGGGGUUCAGUCGGGAUGGGAAUGGUGAAUUGGGCAAGGAGAAUGACGGAGGGCGUGAAAAACAGGUGGAGAGGAAGGGCGAGAAAGGGAGGGUAAAGAGCAUGGGCAAUAAAGGGGAUAGGAAUGUGCAGGAGGAUAAGGAAGGUGACGACGAGUGGGACAAGGAGGAGGGGGAUGAGAAGGAGGAAAGCAGGAGUUUAGAUGAGGGUGAAGACGAGAUGGAUGGGGAGAGCAAACAGUUCCACGUCUCUGAUGACUUAGAGCUCGUUCUGAGCCACGGGCAAGCCCGGGUGAGAAGGAGAUUAGCAGAAAGACGCCAGACCCGCGCCAGGCUUGCAGACUGUGUGCCGUGCACGAGUGAUAACGACGGAGAAGAGUCGAAGCUCCAGGGAUUUCAGUCAGGACAGGGUGGUGAGAGGGACGAGAAUGCAGGAGGAGGAGAUUCUGGGAGUGAGUUGGAGGGGUCGAGGAAGCUUCUGCAGGAAUCUGCGCCGUGCUGCGACCCGCUGGUGCUGAAGCUUAGGGUGGAGAGGCGUAUGGGGCAGAUUGCAGAGAAACAGGUGAGUUUUGAUGAACAGGUGAGGUUUGAUGAACAGGCGGAGAGCAAUAGAGUGAGCCGAGAGAAGUACGUGCUGAAUAAGAAGCUGAGCAGAGCUGAUGCCAACUGGGAAGCAUUGUUUCUAUCCAACCAGUCCAUGCACGAGGCGCAGAUGACAGUGCAGCGCUGCAACGGGCAUGGCAUUGUGGCGCAGCAGGGGACACUUGUGUGGAAGGGCUACACGUGUGAUGCAGCAGACGAGGCUCUCAGGCAAUACACAUCGUAUGAUGCCAGUGGGGCAUGCCCGGACGACUGGUUUGCCACCCAGUCCCUAAUCUUUCAACACCGCUGCUUCUCCCUGCCGCAACGCCGUUGCCGCGCCCGCACCACCAACCAAACAAUUAGUGCCCUUUUCAAUCUGAGUGCGCUGAUAGACGGGGCUCUAGUGUGGGACCACCACACCUGCUCCUCCUUCGCUUGCCUUCCCUCUUCCCCCAUCCUCCUGUCUGCUUACUUUCCACCCCCCUCCCACCACUCACCCUCUCUCCCCUGCUUCCCUUCUUAUCCCCUCCUCAUGAUACUCCUUUCCCCAUUCUUCUCCCUUCCUGCCCCCAGCCUCUACCCUUCCCCCAAGCGCUCUUCAAUCUGA